AUGGCUUCAGUUCUGUCCUACUCUUCCAUGUCCGACCCAUUCGCGCCUCCCUCAGCGCGCAAGUCGUUAGACGUCGACCCAGCCGCACGGUAUCCCUCCCCUCCUUUCUCCCCUCCCGCACCCGCCGGCAGUGCUCAACAGCACUCGCGUCCUUCCACUGCAUCGACACGCGCAUCCGCGUCGUCGUCCUCCCGUCCACAAGGCCCACGAACCGCGACUUACCAGACCAUGGUAGACGAGUUUGGAACCUACAUGCCACCACAAGGCGCGUCUUCCUCGGCAUCACGCCAACGCGCCAGCGCCGCACCUACCAUGCCCCUCCCUCUGCCUACCGCCGAGCCCAUCGCGUCCAUGUCGACAGCUCAGGCGUCGUCGCACUCACACCAUGCUGCCCAGCAUGCGUCCGCUGCUGCUGCCGCGGCCCAUGCCCAACAACGCAAGAGGCAGUCGCACAACCCUGCCGCCUUGGUGCACGCGUCGCCUCCCAAGCAGGAGUACCUCUCGGACGAGUACGUUCUCCACCCCUCCGUCCACGCAUACAAGCUCGCCCACCCGGCAAGGCCCAUGAUCGCGCUGGGCCACUACAUUCUCCUCCAGACCCUGGGAGAAGGCGAGUUUGGCAAGGUCAAACUCGGUGUGCACAGUGACUACGGCGUGGAAGUGGCAAUCAAGCUCAUCCGCCGCGGAACAUUGGAUGACGAGACUCGGGCCAACAAGGUUGAGCGUGAGAUUGAAGUGCUGAGGCAAUUGAAGCACCCCAACAUUGUUCGCAUGCUCGACGUCAUUGACACGGCAAAGUACAUUGGUAUCGUGCUCGAGUUUGCAGGAGGCGGCGAGCUGUUCGACUACAUUCUCGCCAACCGCUACCUGAAGGAGAAGGACGCGUCCCGUCUGUUUGCCCAGCUCAUCUCCGGUGUCGACUACCUGCACCAAAAGCACAUUGUCCACCGUGACUUGAAACUGGAGAACCUGCUUCUGGACAAGCACCGCAACAUCAUCAUCACCGACUUUGGCUUUGCCAACCGCUUUGAGCGUGAUGAGGAUGACCUCAUGUCGACUAGCUGUGGUAGCCCCUGUUAUGCGGCUCCAGAAUUGGUCGUCACUGAGGGACUCUAUGUUGGCACGGCUGUGGAUGUUUGGUCGUGCGGCGUAAUCCUUUACGCAAUGUUGUCCGGCUACCUUCCCUACGACGACGACCCGGCAAACCCCGACGGAGACAACAUCAACUUGCUCUACAAGUACAUUAUGAGCACUCCCCUCAACUUCCCGGACCACUUGUCGCAUGUUGCCAAGGACCUUCUCCUUGCCAUGCUUGUCCCAAACCCCCAGGACCGCGGCACCAUUGCCCAGAUUGAGGAGCACCUGUGGCUCGCGCCUCACCACGCUCUCUUUGAGCGCUCCAUCGAGGACGUCGAGCUCAUCUUUGCCGACAACAUGAUUCGCAAGAGCCAGCAGGCCAAGCGUGAUCUCGCGACUCGCAAGAGGCUACAGCAGGAGGCCCGCCUGGUCAAGGCCCUCCAGCGGAGCCAGAGCACCGCUCCUGGCUCUGGCAUGGCCCCGAUGUUGGAUCAGCGUCGUCCAAAGGAAAACCGUCACCGCAGCGCCCUCCCUGGCACGACUACCAUGCCCGAUUAUCUCAACAAUGCCGGUCACCACCCUCCCAUCCUCGAGGCUCCUCCCGCCCAGCGUCGUUACAACCCAACGGAGAUGGAGCGCAGUGGUACACUGCCCACUCACCUUCCCGCCAUGCACCCGCCGCACGAGUCCAUCCCUCUUGCCGUCCCCGAUUCGCCUACCGUCCACCGUUCGCAGUCUGUUAAGCGACCCGCCGAGGUCUCGGUGGAGGAGCCUGUCAUUGCCCGCUCGCCGCCGAGGCCCAAGACGCCCAUGUCUGCCAACAAGAACCGCCACACUAUCCAGGUCGAGUACGACAGUGACGUGGCUUGGGACCAGGCCCAGUCCGGUGGUGCCGAGCCGAAGCGUGAUACGCCGACGCCCAGCACGCCUCCUACCAGGGCUCUCGAAGUCCCCCAGGCUGGCGACAUGGAGAUUGAGUCAUCGUCUGACCUUGACGGUUCAGAGCCCAAGAUGGACAUUUCGGAGCCUGCUACGCCCGUUUCCGAGGUGGUGGCCGUUGUUACCACACCGAGGAAGCCCGUUCCCAAGGCACCGUCCAUCAAGGAUGCCGAGGCUAUGCCUCCUCCUCCCGUGCCCGCUGCUCGCUCCAGGACCGUGUCUACCCCGGCUACUCCGUCCAAGCGUGCUCGCGAGGACGCCGAGGCUGCCGAGGUGCGCGAAGGGCUCAACUCGACUCCCAAGGCCAACAAGUCUACCCCAGAGCCAUCCAACAACGUUGACAGGACCCCUCGCGCGUCCGAGUCGCAGAACCAGCGCUUGCCCCCGCCGUCGGCACCGCUCCCCACGAUUGACGACUUGCCGCCCCUUCCCCCUCUGCCUGUCGUUCGCCCACCUGCCACUCGCCCUACUCGCCAGCGCAAGGGCAUGUCGCUCGACAAGUUUGGCCUUGCCAAGCUCCUGGGCACGGCCCCUGCCGACUCCAACUCGGUGCCUUCGCGCCAGUCGUAUGUCCCUACGUCCAAGCAUACCAAGGCCCAGUCCGUGUCCCAGCACCCUGGUCAGUACUCGUACAACUCGACUAUCGACUCGAGGAAAUCGAUGGACAGCAAGAAGUCGCGUCGCACGACGCUGCAGCUCCUGUCCAACAACAGCCGCGAGUCGACGCCCGAGUCCACUGGUCCUCCGGCCACGGCUUCGCCGCAGAGGCAGGCCUCCCUUACGACGCCGGUUGUCGGACGCCAAGGUAUCCAGCCUCGUCCUUCGCAGGACCAGAAGAGCUCUCCCUCGGUCGUCACCAUCGACUCGGAGAUGCAGUCGCGUCCCGCGUCGAGCAGCGCUGCCAAGCGUGUUAUGGACUGGUUCCGUCGCAAGUCUCUUGCCAAGGACACCCUCACCAGCAUCCACCACACUUCGAGCGUUCGUGGCGGCUCUCCCUCGAGCCCUGGUCGUCCCUCGGUGAGCAUCGACCGUCCCUUCCACUCGGUCUCGAACGCUACAACCGCGCGUCCUCCUCGCGAGUCGUUCGACCAAGUCGCCACUGCUGGAUCGGACGAGGCCAGCAGCGUCGCUCCCACCGUGGACACGACUGGCCCCGCCAUCGUCAUUAUCCCGAGUGCAAAGGAGACCGAGGCUGAGGAGGAGAAGGCCGACGAGGUGAAGGAAGCCGUCCGGUCGUCCAAGGAGGAGCAGGCGACCACUGCCACUAUUCCCACUGCGUCUCUGCCGAUCCGCCAGCCCCUUGCUCCGGCCAGCAGCAAGGCAAACGUCGACACCAAGCUUCGCGUUCCUGAGCGUGUUGCUGUCCCGACGCGCUCCAAGUCGCAGCGUACGCCCCACGCCCAAGUGCCCCUGUCGUCGUCGCCUUCUUCGAACGCAGCCACUGCCUUGGUCUCGCCUCUCACCCUUGCUGCCGGCACCCGUCGCUGGGACACUGCUGGCGUCUCGGCCGAGGAGAGCAAGCUUCGCGUGCACACUGGGCUUGUGGACCAGUCGGCGCUCAGCUCGCGCCCUCCUCCCGAGAUCAUGGCCGAGGUUGUCCGCGUUCUUCACGAGAUGGGCAUGGACGUCAAGCAGGAGGGUGAAUACCGCCUUCGCUGCACUCGCGCUCGCCGCCGCAAGGCUGGCCCCACCACUGGUCUUUCCCUCAUGGGCUCUGCUUCGGCCAACAAGACCGACGGCCGCGGCUUGCCCCUCCCGUCCACUGCCUCGGCUGGCGGUAUCUCGAGCCUCAAGGGCAUGCUCCUGCGUCGCGGCUCGUCGUACUCGUCGCAGCACUCGGCAGCCAUUGCUCGUAGCGAGAGCGACCUGCUCACCUCGACCGCAACCACUCCCACCCCGGGCCAGACUCCUUCCCCCGUCCUCGGCCCUGUGAACGAGCCCCUGUACGGCGAGCACUCGAUUGACAACGGUGACGAGGUCAAGUUUGUGGUCGACCUGUGCCGCAUCAAGAACCUUAGCGGUCUCUACCUGCUCAGCAUCAAGCGACUCCGGGGUUCGGUCUGGUCGUUCAAGUUCAUCUACCAGACCGUCGUCGAGCGUUGCGAGACGCUCACCCAUUAA